AUGCCCGAGGUUCUUAGGGUUGAAGCAGCUCCUGCUGCUGAUGUUGUUCCUGUUGCUGCUGCUGCUGCUGCUGCACCAGCUGCUGUUGCUGGGACCAUGAGGUGGAACAACAAAACCUCUAGGCCUGACAAGGUGUUCAAGGACAAAGAUGUUAACCAUGUAGCCAAGUGUCUUAAGGACUAUAGUGGGGAUGCAGUGAGCCCAACUCAGGAUAGUGAUGUCAAGGAAAUCAUGCUUGAUGGGGAGCAUUACCUAGGCCACUACAAGGACCACCCUAAGGAUGCAAAGUUCCUUAACAGUCCUAUAAGGUUCUACCCUAAGAUGGAGGCCAUAUUUGGGCAUUCUAUGGCCACUGGUAGGUAUGCACUUGGUUCUGGUGAGGCCCUUGGGGUCAACCAAGCUAAAAGUGCAACUACUAAGGUCGAGGGCUCUGCCUUCCACCAUUUCCCUAAGAAGGAGACCAACACUAAGGUUGAUGAAGGCAGCAAGGCCACAGAGCUGCUGCAAUCUACUAUGGGUGGGAAGAGGAAGAGAGAGAACUUCACUGAGGAUGAGAUGCUCAUGCUCACCAACAUGUCUGAUGCUGUGAACAAUGUGGCCAAUGCACUUAGGGAGACUAGACCAGCCUAUGUUGAUGCCAACCUAUAUCUUGUUGUUAUGGAGACCCCUGUCUUCUCUAAGGAGGCUCUGAUAGCGGCCUACACCUACCUGUUGGACACCUACCUGUUGGCAUGA